AUUAAAACAUGUUUAAACGUAUCUUGAGUAGUCAAAGAGUCCAAGGUGUUCGGUUCAUGACCACUGGAAGCCGUCGUGUUUCUCCAAGAUUGACUCAUUUUAAAAUCGGUGCUGGUAUUGUUGGAACUGGUCUUGCUAUUUAUAACACAUCGAUUCUUCAAUCAGAUGCCAAUACUUCUGCACUUGCUCCAGAACGUUCUAUCUCCGUGGACUCAUCCGUUGACCCCUUCCCAGUGGAAUUGACUGCUUCCUCCAAUCCUAACGUCCAUACUGACUAUCAACUUUUAGGUCACGGUACUAGAACCGUAACCUUUUUAAGAAUCAAGGUUUACGGGAUUGGACUCUAUUUGGCCCAACAAGAUGUCCCCAAGGUUAAAAAGGUCUUGGAAUCUGUAGAUAACGUCUCCGAAGUCUUGGACAACUCUGAAACCGCUGAAGUGCUCGUGGGUCAAUUGUUAGAUGACCACGUUAGAUUCACCGCCCGUAUCUGUCCAGUACGUAACACCGACUUCACCCAUUUGAAAGAUGGUCUUAUCAAAUCGAUCUUAUCCCAUCCAAUCGCCAAGGAUGCCAAGACCAGAGACCAAGUUGGUGAAGGUUUGGAACAACUCCGGUCGGUGUUCCAGGGCCACAAGGGGUCUGUUCCUAAAAACCAUUUGCUUUGGAUUGAAGUCUUACAAAACGGGAGUGUUUCCUUUACUUACCAAGAUACAAAGACCAACACCCGCAAGGUAUUAGGACAAGUUGAGAACCCUUCCGUCGGGAAAAUUUUGUUUUUGCAGUACAUGGCCAGUACUCAACCAUUAUCUGAUCCUUUAAGAAAGAGUUGUGUACAAGGAUACGCCCAAUUAUAAGUGUGUCACACGUUGGGGUCUCCAAAGUUUGUAAAUAGAUAUCUUCAAAGAUUGUAAAUAGAUAAAUGUAAAUAUGCCGAAAGAAUACAUAUGAAG